AUGGAGGAUGGAGAGCCCAUCUUGGGAAGCCUCUUUAUAUAUGCUCCGAACAAGGUAGCGCCUGUCAUCUUCGCUGCUGCCUUUGCUGCCUCGGCGGCUGGCCAUAUCCGGCAAUGCUACCGUUACAAAUGCUUCAGAAUGAUUGGACUGCAUCCCGUCUGUGCAGUGGUGUUUUCUGUCGGCUAUAUGUUGCGGGAGUACGGCGCCUUCAACUACAUGUACAGCACCCGGAACCUGCUCGUCUUCAUCUUCAGCCAGGUCUUUAUAUUCGUAUGCCCCCCGCUCCUCGAACUUGCCAACUACCACGUCCUCGGCCGGAUAUUCCACUACAUGCCCUACUUUGCGCCCCUCCCCGCCGGCAGGGUUCUCUCGACCUUCGGCGGCCUGAUGAUGAUAGUAGAGGUCUUGAACUCUCUCGGUGUGUCGUUCUCGGCCAACCCGUCGGCGUCGCAGAGCCGACAGGACAUGGGACAGAACUUGACGAUCGUCGCGCUCGCAAUCCAGCUCGCCGUCAUCGUCACCUUCGUCGUCCUCGCAGCGCUCUUCCACCGGCGGUGCGCCAAGGCCGGGCUGCAUAGCCGGGCGGUGUCGACUCCGCUGGCUACCCUGUAUGCGAGCAUGGCGCUGAUCCUGGUCCGCUGCAUCUACCGGCUGGUCGAGCACCUGGGCAACACGACGGUGCGGCUCAAGGACAUCCAGGCGCUCCGGAGCCUGAGCCCGAUCCUGCGCUACGAGUGGUUCUUCUGGGUCUUCGAGGCGACGCUCAUGCUCGUCAACUCGGUCAUCUGGAACGUCUGGAACCCGGGCCGCUAUCUGCCCAGCGACCACCACAUCUACCUAGCGCGGGACGGUAGGACGGAGAUUCAGGGGGAUAAGGGGCGCGACGAGCGGCCCAUGCUGGCCAAGGCCGGGUCAAUUUUGACGUUUGGAAUCUUCUUCCGCGACAAGAAAGGAAGCCCCCCGUUUCAGGAACUGAACGACCUCCCAGUUGCAGAUUGCCAUGUCAUAGAGUUUAUGUGA